GGCUGUCUUGGAUUGCUUGUUGGAGCUGCAGGAGAAGGGGUCGGCGGCGGGGAACAACGCGGGGCCGACGCCCGGCCUUUCCGCCGCCGAGGUGGCCGCCCCGCGCCGUCUCUGCGGCGCCAGUUCCGGGCCACUGCCUUCGUUCUCCCUUCGCUCUGCCGCGCCAGAGCUCCGCACAAGCACCACGAUGUCGGCCCCUUACCCAGGCCCCCUUCGCCUCCUCUUCCCAUAAGAGACUUCCAGAUCUUAAAGAUUUUUGACUGAUUUUAAGCAUUUCUCUAUCUAUAGCUAUCUGUUUACAUUCUGACUGGGAACACUGGGAUCACUUUCAUCAUGCCUACAGUGGUGGUAAUGGACGUAUCCCUUUCCAUGACCCGACCUGUGUCUAUCGAGGGGUCCGAGGAGUAUCAGCGCAAGCACCUGGCAGCCCAUGGUUUGACAAUGCUGUUUGAACACAUGGCCACAAAUUACAAGCUUGAGUUUACAGCUCUGGUGGUUUUUUCAUCACUCUGGGAAUUGAUGGUUCCCUUCACAAGAGAUUAUAACACCCUACAGGAAGCACUAAGUAAUAUGGAUGAUUAUGAUAAAACCUGCUUGGAGUCUGCAUUAGUUGGUGUUUGCAAUAUCGUUCAGCAAGAAUGGGGUGGUACAAUUCCUUGUCAGCUUCAGAGCACUGAUUCCUUGGAUUGCCUUGAACGUCUUAUAGAUUUAAACAAUGGUGAAGGGCAGAUUUUUACUAUUGAUGGCCCCCUGUGCUUGAAAAAUGUACAGUCUAUGUUUGGAAAACUGAUAGAUCUGGCAUAUACACCUUUCCAUGCUGUUCUCAAGUGUGGCCACCUAACCGCUGAUGUGCAAGUCUUCCCCAGGCCAGAACCUUUUGUUGUAGACGAGGAAAUCGAUCCUAUCCCUAAAGUCAUUAACACAGAUUUGGAAAUAGUGGGAUUUAUUGAUAUAGCUGAUAUUUCAAGUCCCCCUGUUCUGUCCAGACAUCUGGUCCUACCUAUAGCACUUAACAAAGAAGGUGAUGAGGUGGGUACUGGUAUAACGGAUGACAACGAAGAUGAAAAUUCAGCCAAUCAGAUUGCAGGCAAAAUACCCAACUUUUGUGUCCUGCUCCAUGGCAGCCUAAAAGUGGAAGGAAUGGUGGCGAUAGUUCAAUUAGGUCCUGAAUGGCACGGAAUGCUCUACUCCCAAGCUGACAGCAAGAAGAAAUCAAACCUCAUGAUGUCUCUCUUUGAGCCUGGCCCAGAACCUCUCCCAUGGCUAGGGAAAAUGGCACAGUUGGGUCCUAUUUCAGAUGCUAAAGAAAACCCUUAUGGUGAGGAUGAUAAUAAGAGCCCAUUCCCCCUGCAGCCCAAAAACAAGCGGAGUUAUGCCCAGAAUGUGACCGUGUGGAUCAAACCCAGUGGCCUGCAGACAGAUGUACAGAAGAUUUUAAGAAAUGCAAGGAAACUACCUGAAAAAACACAGACAUUCUAUAAGGAGCUGAACCGUUUACGAAAGGCUGCCUUGGCCUUUGGUUUCCUGGACCUGCUCAAAGGGGUGGCUGACAUGCUAGAAAGGGAGUGCACGCUGCUGCCUGACACAGCUCACCCUGAUGCUGCAUUCCAGCUGACUCACGCCGCCCAGCAACUCAAGCUGGCCAGUACUGGCACCUCUGAGUAUGCCGGGUAUGACCACAACAUCACACCUUUGCAGACAGACUUCUCUGGGAGCAGCGCUGAAAGAAUGUGAAGCUGACUUCAUUCUUUUUUCAAGUGAGAAUAAUUUAGGAUAAAAACUUUUCUGGUCUGUUCACCUCUGCAGCAGCUACCCAAAGACCUUCCCAAGGCUGCCUCAGAAGCACCACUUGCAGGUUUGACUCUGCUACUCUGAGAAGGGUUCUGCAGGGUGGGCAGCUGCUCGGGCUUUGACCUUAGCUUUCUGGAGCUCAGUCUUUAAAACCAAAAGACAACUGUUGCUCCCACAACGGGCACCUCUCCUGAGAAGCCUGAAGGACUGACAAGCGUAGAGCCCUCUCCACCUUCCUCGGGCACCCUAACAACCUGGGUUCUCUGUUCCUGAAAUGCCCUUUACUCUUCUCCUCUCCCAACCACAGGGACAUUUUCAGGUACCUAUGAUUGGGAGAGGAGACUUGCUAAGUACAAGCCCAACAUCACUAAGUUUCAGAAUUCCCUUAGAACUUGGGCAAAAGGUCGGUGGUAACCCUUAGGUGCUUUUGGCAUAUCUUGAGAUACAAACUUUUAGAUAGCAACCAUAAAUGUAUAAAAUUCUUGUUUCUUCAGAUUUUUUUUAAUGAAAAUAAAAUAUUUGAUUUUCUAUAAAAUGGUUGCACUGGGAAAUUUUUAAUGGGUCUUUUUGCCUUUUGCUCUGUCCUAUAACCUAAGUAUAAUUUUAACUUCCUAAGUAGCAUAGAUUCAUCAAUCUUGAAGGUUCCUUGGGUUCCAUACUGACUUCCUUGUUUCUGACACUGGUUAGGCCUCACUGCUUCACUGCCUAAGCCAGGUUCCAUCCAGGUAGCUUCUGAUAUCACUGUAGUCAGUUAUGGUUCCAGUUCAUGAGCUAGCUUCAUGACCUUAGGCAAGUCAUCUAACUUCUCCAGGCUUUAUUUACAUCAUCAGUGCUUUUCAGAUUGUUCUGUAAAACUCCUAAGGAAUGGCUGCUUCAACCCAAGCAAACAUGUUUUCUUUAACAUGCUGAAUUGCUAUAUAGGUAUACCUCGGAGGUUUUGCAGGUUUGCCUCCAGG